ACCAACCUGAAGUUUCUGGUUCGGCUGGGGAAAACUCCGUCAGAAGCACUCAGACUACUGCAGCAAGUGUACGGAGAUGAGACGAUGUCGCGCUCGUGGGUUUUCGAGUGGCACAAGAGGUUCAAAGAGGGACCCGAGGACGUGGAAGACGACCCCAGGAGCAGAAGGCCUUCAACAAGUGGGACUGAGGCCAACAUUGAGCGUGUGAGGCAGGUGGUGCAUGGCGAUCGUCAGCUGACUGUUCGACUGAUUGCAAUUGAGCUGGGCAUGAACCGUGACAGCAUCUGGAAGAUUAUCACCGAAGAUUUGGGCAUGUGGAAGAUCUGCGCGAAGAUGGUGCUGAAGCUGCUGAACGAUGACCAGAAGGAGCGGUGCAUGCAGGUAUGUCAGGACAUCCUCGAGCGUCUUAAAACCGAACCAGACUUGCUUGGGAGAGUCAUCACCAGUGAUGAGUAA